AUGAACUCGACAUCCCCGGACCUCGAAGGCUGGACAUUCAACGACAACUCCCGCUCGUCCUGGGACAUUGUCUGGACAUGUCUGACGACCAUCUUCGCCUGCACCUGGACCGUGCAGCACAUGUCCGUCCCUCGGCGCAACACCUCCGAAGGCCUGAUCACCGCGCGGAGAUGGAUCCUCUUCACCGUCGCGCUGUUCGCACCAGAAGAAACCGUCCUCCUGGCCUCAGACCAGUUCUGGCACGUCUGGUCUCUCCAAGCCCGCUGCAACGCCGCGCAGGCAGAAAGCGAUCGCAAAACAGGACACCACGACAGCUGGCUCGUCCAACGGGCCAAGCCACUGGCACCCGGGGCCGUAACCGGGAUCUCAGAGGGUGACCUACACCCCGUCCCAACCCGCUGGACUCUCGGGCAAUGCUGGUGCGUGCAGAUGGACGGGGUGACGCUGGAAACGGCAGACGGGUGGAUCUUCUACGUGGGCAUGGACCAGAUGACCGCAUUCAUCGAGGCCGGCGUGAUCCGGUGCAGCGACUUCAGCGAGCGCGAGAUCAAGGACCGCGCAAAGGCGGAUACAUUCGCGAAGCUCUUCACCAUCUGCCAGAGCGCCUGGGUUACGGCCAAUAUCGUCGCCCGCGCGGGAUACGGCCUGCCCAUUACACCGUUUGAGUUUACGACACUAGCGCACGUCGCCUGCGGCAUUAUGGCGUAUGCGUGCUGGUGGCGGAAGCCGCAGGACAUGGCGGUGCCGAUCACCAUCCCGCUGCGCCACACGCGAGAGGGCCUACCAAUCGAACUCAAAAGGCUGAUGGACGCACGGCCAAAGUCCUGGAUGCACCGGCACGUCAUCCCGCCGAGGGAGAGCAUCAGCACCGGAUUCGCCAUCGUCGGCGGGCUCUACCAAACCGCCGCCGUGGACGCGCCAAGGUCCGGGGUGAUAAAGAGGGGAUAUCGGGGGCUAAGCUUGCAAGCGGAGUGGUGGCUCAACACCUUUGCAGCGGUUGCAGCGGGUGCCUUUUGCGGGAUCCACGUUGCUGCAUGGGCCUUCCCCUUCCCGACACCCACCGAAACCCUCGCCUGGCGCACCUUCUCCCUCGUCGCCCUCAGCAUGGCGAUAAUCGUCUACAUCCUCGGCCAAGCCCCGCUGGCAGCACAAUGGCUCAAGCAGAACGGCGCCCCCCUCCCGUCGUUCAUGGACAACCUCUCCGACCCAGCUGGACGGUAUACGUGGGUUGAGAUCUAUGUGCCGCUGAUCUGUAUCGCGGUGUAUGCGGUGGCGAGGUUAGGGCUCGUGGCGUUGACGUUUUCGUCCCUUCGGGCUUUGCCGACCGGUGCGUAUUUGGGUGUUGAUUGGUUGGGGAGUAUACCGCAUGUUUAG